AUGUCAUCUAAAGGCAUUUCCAAAAACGCCGACCCAAAGCAAAAAGUUCCUUCUUCCAAUAUUGGCAAGGUAGAGAAGAUGGCGAUGGAAGGGACUCUCCCACGAAACAAACUACAGAGUGGUCUGGAGCAAGCCUCGGUAUCUCCAGCAAACUCGAAUGAGAACCAACCAUCCUAUCGCGAUGAGGAUGAUCUGGGCCAGAUGCAGCAAGAUGGUCCUGUAGAUGAGAACUCCCCGCAUCAGCCUGAUAAGGCUAUCAGAUCGAUCGAGUCAAAUGAUAUCGAAAUGAGAGAUCUCGGUCCAAGCCAUGCAGAGAACAAUCCACUCGACGUACAAAGUGAUCAUCCCCCUCCAGAAGUGUCAUCGCCCCAAAGCCAAGACACCGCUGGCCUUGUUGAGGGCUUUAAAUGUCUGGCUAUCAUUGAUACACGUGGGAAAAAGAAGGCAAACCGCCCCACGGAAAGCGAGCCUCUUGAUCCCAAUGCCACUGUCGAUGGAUGGGGCACGCUGAGAGGAUCCACCUUCGUGAUCGUGCAAGAAGGUCCACCUCACGCGGCCAGAUUCACAUUCAGAUACGAACCCAACUACACCAACGAUCGCUUCGCCAGUACGACCGACGAAGACUUCCGAAUCUCGGCGAUUCGAGACCGCACUGCUAGUGGGAAGAAAGUAUACCGGUAUACGACUGCCAAUGUCGCCGGCAUUUAUGGAGCCCUCUUUGAAAACACAGGCUCCAGAACCUCCACACGUAGUCCAUGCUCGUGGGUGAAAAUUUUGUGGAAGGACUUGAGAGAUGAUGACAAGAAAAGGUGCAAAGUUGCACUGGGAUUUUCGUGGAUUCCCAAGUGCGAGUUCGUUCGGUUUUGUCCUGGGCGCGAGGCAGCUGAGGAAACAAUCAAACAAGUUUGGGACAAUCAAGAGAAUCAGUAUGCAGCCUGGGCUGAGAAUCAGCCCGGGUCCGGAGGACGCAGUCGUGGUACUACGCCAUGUCCAUUGAACGCCUCCUUGGGCCGCCUUCGGGAACGGAGAGCCACUUCGCGCCUACGGACACCUGGUGUCAGAGAUUCUUCUCCGACUUACGGUACCAACAGCACACCUGCGCCGUCGCGGCGGGACACCCGAGGAGGCACCAGAUUCAACCCGGUCAGCCUCGACGAGGAACCGGACGAUGUGGUUUCUCCUACUAGCCCGGAACCAAGACCUACGAAUACUGCGUCCAGUGAGUCUGACAACCGCAAUAUAGCGGAAACUCGAGGUCAGGCUCCCACUGUCAAGUUUAGUCAGGCGGACUUCAUGCGGAAACAAGCAAUCAAAGAAGGCUGGGGGAACUUGAGUCCUUCAGACAAAGAGGCUCGAGAAGUUGUUGCCGAGGCUCUAUACGAAAUCUACAAAGCGACCAUGCUACAGAACAACGGAGAAGAGGUCAAAGGGCUGAUUGCCUCUGAAGGUGUGGAGGAGGAGCUUUGA